UUCUGAGACUACCGCGAAGCUGUGAUCACACCAUGCAGGUCCAUAUUCCGUUGCUUGCCAUCGCUGUGAUACUGGUCGCGUCGAUCGAAUCAAAACCAACUUGGCACGAUGUCUACGUCAGCAAUUACCCAUCCACAGGCAUAACUGUGCAACAACCCCAACUUCUUCAAUACCAGAACGCCUACUCUCCAUAUUAUUUAAGCACAGACACCCUUCCAGCGGCUGUUAUUGCUGGUGGAAAAUCAUCGAUCUCUCAUAUUCCGACCUACAGUUUUUAUUAUGGACCUUCGAUCUACGACUUAAGAUUACCAUUGGCUCCGGUAUAUCCGACAGUGAAACCACAUCUUCCAGAGCAACCUCUGAAACCAACACUCCCGACGACGACCACCACCACGGAAGCAACCGGAGAGAAAGAGGACGGUAUCGAGAAAUUGGAUAACAAAGAGAAGCCAGAGAAGCCAGCGAUGGAACCGACUGACAUGGAGGAGAGCACCGACGACAAUGCCGUCACCAUCGAGUCGCUAUAAAAUUCAUUCGUUUGCAUUUUACACGGAACAUUCUU